UGCACGUAGCCUAAGUCCCACAAGUAAAAGCUCCUCUUGCUUCCUGCUCUUUUUCCCUCUCGGCUGUGUCACCAUUGGCUGCCUGUGACAUCUGACUGUGAUCUACCAAUGCUGGAUGAUGGGAGUGGUGCAGAUCUUUUCUUCAGGAAGUGUCAGUAGCACACGCUGGUUCACCUGAGACCGGACAAGGCACAAUGUCAGCACAAUGGGACUACAUGCCGCAGGAGAUUCUUGCACAAAUAUUCUACUACUUACCCCUCGUGGAUCGACGGGCUGUUUCCCAGGUGUGCCAGUCCUGGGCAAAUGCAGUGGCAUCAAACUCUGUCUGGCACUUCACAGAGAUCAGCUGGGUGUCGGAGGAAGAACUUCUAUCCAUAGAUGGUCUACAGAAUUUUAUCGGUCAGAUAAGACACUUAAAGAUUCUGUUCGACCAAUCAAAAGAAACCACCCGGAAAAAUGUGACACAAUUUCUCAUCUGUUUGGCCAAAGAAAGCAGAAAGCUGGAGAGUGUGAAUAUCGCCUGUUGUGGGGAGAACCCACUUUUCUACUCUGGACUUGAGAUUUUGGACAGCAUAAUGGAGCUGUGUCGGAAAGAAAGUCAAAUAGACCUCCACCACGUUGACUUAAGGAAACUGCCCUUUACUCUUAGUGAUGGCUUUACAAGACUCAUUGCGACCGGGAGUCCAAACCUCCGUAGUUUGUAUAUCAACAAUAAAACAUUAGUUUGCAAAGUGACUCCUGACACUCUAAUAGAAGUGCUACGAGUAUGUCCUAAACUGACCAUUCUAGGUGCCUUCUGUUCUAGUCUUUCCGAAGAUGUAUUUAGAGAACUGAUGAAGCCAGAAAGACCACCCUUUCGUCAAAUGGAUAUUUUGUGUGAACGUCUAGACAAGUACACCCUUGCUAUUUCUGAUGAGGUUUGGGGAGCCCUCUGUCAACGCCACCCAUCUCUCUCUGUGGAUCUAGAGUUGGACCACACAAUCCCAGCUUGGAAAAUUCGACGGCUCUUGAAGCCGAACAUCCCGGUGGCCACAUUACAACUCAACACUUACAAUGAAAUGACAAAUGACCUGAGUUUUGUAAGUACUCACUAUACCCAAUCUCUCAGGAAACUUGUCCUACAGACAACAUCCUCAAGUGCUCUCAACGCAAGUCUUACUCAUUUAGCCAGUAAAUGUACUAAACUCGAGGAAAUUCAUUGCUACUGCGUGGUAGGCCCAAACGUUCUUGAAGCUUUUGUGAAGAACUGUCCACGUCUGAAGAAGUACACCCUUAAAGUUGAUAAAGAAAAACAUCCUUGGAAGGCAACCUAUCACCAGCCGGCAUCAAAAACACCAAAGGACUAGUGUAAGAGACCGUAUACACUACCAAAUUUUCUUGCUGAUAACACGCGCCAAUCGAUGAUAUAGCAAAAGUAUUUACAUGGUCCUGUAUCUCACUGAAUGAUUAUUAUGCCAUUACUCAUUAGUACAGUUUCAUUAUUGUCGACACCACAUCCCUGUUCACAUAAGGCGAUGUGCUGCUUACUACUGGUGACUUUUAUGCCGGCAUAAAAGAUGCGAUCAACAACAAAUGAGUUUGCUCAUUUGUCAGCUGAUACCUGUGAGUGUUUACAUGGGACAAUGGGUUAUUUUUCAUUUGCACUAUUAUUGAUAAAUCCCCCCUCCCCCCAGUAAGUCACACAAUGGGUCUCAUUUAUCAAAACUAAUGUAGACAAAACCUAGGGGGAGAUUUAUCAAAAG